GUGCAGUGACCCGUCUCCCAUCUUUCGUUCACACCUGACGCAUCGUGACGCAGCAAUUCAACAUGCCUCAGAAAAAGUUCCAGAGGACUUUCAUCGUCGGCUGUGGAUGCACGGCAUUCAUCAAGCCUAGAGGCCAGAGAACAACGGAGGAUAUGGGACUUGAAGCAGGCACAAAGGCGCUCCUCGAUGCUGGUAUCACAUAUGAUGCAGUGCAAACCGCAUUCGUGGGUCACUGCUACGGUGAUUCUACAAGUGGUCAACGAGCUCUUUACGGCCUUGGAAUGACCGGGAUUCCCAUCACCAACGUGAAUAAUAAUUGUUCGACUGGAAGUACCGCACUUUUCCAUGCAAACAAUGCUGUAAAGUCAGGCCUGGUCGACUGUGCCCUCGCGUUGGGCUUUGAGCGUAUGGCAGCGGGUAGUCUCGGAACCAACUUCCCCGACAGGCCACCACCCACUAUUUUGUUUGCUAAGCGGACCAUGGACCUUGAAAAGACCUUAACUUCUGGAACAAACUUUGGUCCAGGUGCCCCGCGAAUGUUUGGUAACGCAGGACAAGAAUAUAUGGACAAAUUCGGUGCCGAAGUCAAACAUUUGGCCAUGAUAGCCGCAAAGAAUCACGCACACUCCGUCAAGAACCCAUACUCACAGUUCCGUAACGGGUGGACGGUUGAACAAUUCAUGUGCAGUCCUACAUCGGAUGGUGCAGCCUGCUGUAUCGUCGCAUCAGAAGACUUUGUGCAUGCCCAUGGAUUGGAGAAUCAAUCCAUUGAAAUAGUUGCGCAAGGCCUUGAGACGGACGACCCUGCUGCGUAUGAUACUGAAAGCGCUAUGGAGGUCGCCGGUUACGGGAUGUCGAAACGAUGUGCAGACAAAGUAUUUAAAGACGCUGGCUUUGCCGACGGUGAAGGGCGUGACUUGGUUGGCGUGGUCGAGCUGCAUGACUGUUUUUCCGCAAAUGAACUCAUCACAUAUCCUGCCCUUGGACUUUGCGCCCUUGAUGAGGCCCAUAAGAUGGUUGAAAGGGGUGAUAACACGUACGGCGGCAAGUAUGUUGUAAACCCGAGCGGUGGUCUUGAAGCCAAAGGACACCCACUCGGGGCUACUGGUCUGGGUAUGCAUUUCUAUAUUGCAAUGGCAGGACCUAUGCAAGCACCUGGCUUAUUCGACAUUCCGGACAAGCGGGGAAAAUUUGGUCUUGUUCACAACAUUGGUAUUGGAGGUGCAGUCGUCGUCAGUCUACUCCGCAGGCCCGAGUUUUACAAAGCUGGGGGUAUCGACGGCCAGGCUAGGCUAGGAUACAAUCACGCUAUUGAAUGCCGGCCUGUUACGCUUGCAGAUGUCGACAAAGUUAAGUCAAAGAAAUCAUCGAAGUUUGUCCUUCAGCAUGCAAAACUUUGAAGAACACAUCAGCGUGAAGUUUAUGAUGUAUUUGCAUAUCUGUAGCUUUUUUGUGUUAUCAA